AUGCGCAAUAAGAUUCAUGACAUAGUCAACAGCCUCAACAGGUUCAUGAUGCAUAAAUGGAAUAUUAAAGGGAAAAUAAUGAAGCAGUUGUAUACGAGGGCUAUUGAAAGAUUGAUCCUGUACGGAUGUCCCAUCUGGUGGCAUCAUACAAAGACGGUUCGAGUUUCGAAUAAACUUCUUCAAAUCCAGAGAAUAGUACUGUUAAGUAUAAAAAAAGCGUUCAGUACAUCUCCAGCAACAGCACUUCAGGUGCUGGUAGGUGCUCUCCCACUAGACCUCAAAGCGGACCAAGAGGCCAAGACGUUUAAACUAGUGCAUUUCAAAGAAGAUGUUUCUAUCGAUACUGGACUUAUCUCGGGAGCAGAGAUAGAGGAAAAAUUUGAUAUGGGCAGAACCCAUCCAGCUGAAGCUCGGAUGAUUAACUGGCACAAAAAAUUACCCACAGGGUCUGGUGUGGAGAUCUUUACAGAUGGCUCGAAGACUCAGGAACGAGUCGGUGCGGCCUUCGUAGUGUAUGAUAAUAAAAUAGAAAUAACGACGCAAAUGAUCAGAUUAACAGACAAUUCUUCAGUUUUCCAAGCGGAAGCAAUAGCUCUCAGAUCGGCAUUCAUAUGGAUAAAUGAUUACCUAAAGCAUGGCAAGAGGGCGAUUAACGUUUUCUCGGAUAGACAAAGUGUCCUCAAGGCUAUUAACAGUGCAAAACAAACGCUCCUCAUUAAAGCACUAAAGGAGCUCAUCACAACAGAAAAGACUUUCAUCACAACAGAAAACAGUAAACCUGAAUUGGAUCCGUGGACAUAUAGGAAUUGA